GAUACUUUUUAAGUAGUAAACGUGAAAUUAAGACAACGCCACUCUCCUCGUGACUCGCGACUCAAACACACUUCUUUCUCUCUUCCUUCUCACUUUUCUGCUUUUAUUCCUUUUCAUGACUGGCCUCAGGCGACUUGGCACCGCCGUCGGAGCCGCCGUGGCCAUCGCAUACGGCGGCUCCAUCCUCAUCUCGCCUCCUGUAUCCGUUAGCGACGGGGGAUCGCAUCUCGCCGCUGUCCGAGAGAAGAUCCACGAUCCAUUUGCUGCCGUGCCGUCGAGAGAGGUCCAGCGGUCGGCGCUCAUCGGCGCGGGUGCCGCCAGUCCUCUGGAUGUUCUCGUUAUCGGCGGUGGCGCCACCGGCUCCGGCGUGGCGUUGGACGCCGUCACUCGAGGACUCCGCGUUGGCCUCGUCGAGAGAGAGGAUUUCUCUUCCGGAACUUCCUCUCGCUCCACCAAGCUCAUUCAUGGAGGUGUUCGAUACCUAGAGAAAGCUGUCUUUAAACUUGACUAUGGCCAGCUAAAGCUAGUAUUCCAUGCACUUGAGGAACGUAAACAGGUUAUUGACAAUGCACCACACCUAUGCCAAGCUUUGCCUUGCAUGACACCAUGCUUUGAGUGGUUUGAAGUACUGUACUACUGGAUUGGCUUGAAAAUGUACGAUUUGGUCGCAGGAGCACGAUUAUUACACUUAUCGAGAUAUUAUUCAGCAAAGGAGUCUGUUGAACUUUUUCCCACUCUUGCAAAGGAGGGGAAAGGUAGAAGUCUGAGGGGCACGGUUGUUUAUUAUGAUGGACAGAUGAAUGAUGCACGUCUUAAUGUUGGACUGGCUUGCACUGCAGCAUUAGCUGGUGCUGCAGUUCUGAAUCAUGCAGAAGUUGUAUCUUUACUGAAGGAUGAUGCUGGUGAACGGAUAAUUGGUGCACGAAUUAGGGAUAAUUUAACUGGCAAAGAGUUUGAUACAUAUGCAAAAGUAAUUGUGAAUGCGGCUGGGCCUUUUUGUGAUUCUGUAAGGAAAAUGGCUGACAAAAGUGCACGUGACUUGAUUUCUCCAAGCAGUGGUGUACAUAUUAUACUCCCUGAUUAUUAUUCCCCCGAGGGAAUGGGCUUGAUUGUUCCGAAAACUAAGGAUGGACGUGUUGUUUUCAUGCUACCAUGGUUGGGAAGGACAGUUGCCGGAACUACAGAUUCUAAUACCAGCAUUACCUUUCUUCCAGAACCACAUGAAGACGAAAUACAAUUUAUAUUAGAUGCCAUAUCUGAUUACCUUAAUGUUAAAGUCCGCCGCACUGAUGUUCUUUCUGCCUGGAGUGGCAUUCGUCCAUUAGCCAUGGACCCAUCAGCUAAAAAUACCGAGAGUAUCUCUAGGGAUCAUGUUGUCUUUGAGGAUCUCCCUGGUUUGGUCACCAUUACCGGUGGCAAGUGGACUACCUAUAGAAGCAUGGCAGAAGAUGCUGUCGAUGCAGCUAUAAAGUCUGGGAAGUUGACCCCCACCAAUGAAUGUGUCACCAACAAUCUAAGGAUUGUUGGUGGUGAAGGGUGGGAUCCUGCAUCUUUUACCAUUCUUUCUCAGCAGUAUGUGCGCAUGAAAGUAACAUACAAGGGUAAAGUUGUUCCCGGUGUGAUGGACACUGCUGCAGCAAAGCACUUGUCUCAUGCAUAUGGAACAUUGGCUGAACGUGUUGCUUCCAUUGCUCAGAAUGAAAAUUUGGGUAAGCGACUUGCCCAUGGUUACCCUUUUUUGGAGGCUGAGGUGGCCUACUGUGCUCGUCAUGAGUAUUGUGAAUCAGCAAUUGACUUCAUUUCGAGGAGGUCUCGUCUAGCUUUCCUUGACACUGAUGCUGCAGGACGGGCCUUACCUCGUGUCAUUCAAAUAUUGGGAUCUGAGCACAAAUGGGACAAGACAAGGCAGAAACAAGAGAUGCAGAAAGCUAAAGAAUUUUUGGAGACUUUUAAAUCCUCCAAAAAUGCUCAAUUCCAUGAUGGGAAGCAUAAUUAGCUUUGGACUUGAAAUGAGAAGGGAGCAACUUCCAAAAACAUGGAAUUAUUGCCUAUAGAUUGGGUCACUAAAAGAUUGCAGCUAUUGUCAGUAGCUUGAUACAUCUCAGAAGUAAUUAUUUCGUGAAUUUGUCAAAGUUGGCUGGCAGAAUGCAUUCAAAUUUGAUAAGUUGUCUGAGCUUGAACUAGCGUUUUUCUCUUGCAAGAAAUGCCAGUAACACAUUCUCUGACACACUCUUUUAAUUAUUCAUCUUCUAUUGGUUGAAAUUUAUUAAAAAUAAUAAAAAUUGUGUGUUUGCCUCGUUUAAUAAUUCCAUAUUAUUUUCAAUAAAUUUCAACCAGAGGAGGAAUGUAUUCUAAAGAGAAAUUGUGUUAAGAGUAAUAGAAGUGCUAUGCCAAGUGUUUUGGGGACUUGUGGCUGUGGUGUGGAGGAACAUAUAGAAGUGUCUGGUAAAAAGGUAAACAAAUAGAAUGUAGCAAACCACUUCCUGUUAAGAGAUUUUUGUUUGAAAUAAGUCUUUCGGAAAAGUAUUGUCCAGGCCAUUAUGCAUUGGUUUAAACUUUUCUUUGUUGUAGAUAUUUGGGGGACAUUCUGAAAGUAAGAUGAAAUAUAAAUAUGUUUAACUUCAAA